AUGACGAGAGGAAGUGAAUAAUUUGAAAUAAUGUUAUCAUCUACAUCUGGUUUACCAUUAUCCUCAUCCUACCAUAACCUUUCAUCCCAAAACAAUGGUUCCAAUCCAACUCUAAUUCAGGAAACCAGACCUCGGAAAUGGCGGGAAAACAAUGGUGAUUGUGAAAAGAAAUUCAGUGAACAAAUUCGUAGUGAGAAAAUCCGCAAUACCCACAGGUCACGUGACCGGCUCGAACAGCCGGCCAAACGAAAAUCUCGAUCAUUACCCCGUGCACCAAAAGAGGAACACGAACAUGGUAGUAAAAGGCAACCAAAAGAUGAGGAACGGCCUAAAAAACAUUAUAGAGAGGAAGGUCGUCAUUAUUCUAGAAUAGAAGAUGGAACACAUCUCAGAUCAUCUCGAAAUCAACUAAAUCCGAGAAAUCAUAAAGGGCAGACAUUGAAGUCUGUACUUUCGAAGUCAAUGCACCUGUUGGUUGUGCCUCGCGAGGUUGAGGUCCCUGUAGUGGUUGAUGAGGUCACCAAGUGGAUUGCCGGAGUAUCUAAUGUGACCACGUGCUCAGAUAUUAUUGACGCCAUUUUAACCAAACAGAAUAAGAAAGCGAAGGUGGAAGACUAUGUUCUUUGUGAACGUUGGAAACGCGUUGACCGGCCAUUAAAGGCCGGAUCUCGAAUACUGAGUAUAUGGGAAGGAUGGGGAGAGGAUAGAACAAGUGUAAAGUUUGUUCUAAAAAGAAUUAGGGUGAGUCGGAACCCAGUGAUUAGAAAGGAUUCUAAACUUUGGAGAAAACAGCAGAGUGGUACAAACUCAGAUACCAGGCAUCCAUCCAGUUUAACCAGACCUAAGAAGGAGAAAAGAAAACAUGCAGAUCCAGUUCAGGAUAUAAUCGGGAAAAUUCUAAAUCAGCAAAAUAGUCUAAGGGAGCAGCUGAAACGGCUAGAACAGCAGGAGAAACAGGAAAACAAGAGAAAAUUGGAGAAACAGGAGGAUCCUGGGAAGAAUGAAAAAGGGAAAAAUUACAUCAUGAAAACUUUUCUCAGUACUAUGGAGCAGGGAGAUGAGUUAUAUAGCCAUGAUAGUGGGAUUGGUAGCGCUAUGGUUACCCAUACAGAUUCUGAGUAUAAAUCUAUGGAUUAUCUGGCAGAUCUAGCAGAAGAUGAUGUGGAAAAGGAUGAGGAUGAGGAAGAGGAGGAUAUUGAAGAAAUUCUAAAAGUUCUGGAAAGUAUUGUGAGCCUAAAUGCUCAGAUUCAGGCGAGGGAAGAAGAAUUGAUUGAUAUUGAAGAAAAUAUUAAAAAGCAGGAGGUAGAUGAAGGAUCUGAAGAGAAGAAAAGAUUGGAGACCGAUCUAGAGAAUAUGGUUCAAAUCAAUUCAAGAUUAAGCUAUGAUAUUAAGAGGAAUGAUUUUUCUUUAUCACACAUGGUUAAAAACUACGAGGGUAGGCGAACCUUUCUCAGGACAAUUGAAAUAGACAUUAACAGAGCUGAAAGCUACGGAAAGAAACUACAGAAAGAAUUUGAGAGAGAAUAUGAAACCCUGGAGACAUGCAAUAGUAUUCUUAGUGUUCCUGAAGACGAGGUUGAGGACGAUAGAACUCUAGAAUUAGUUAAUCAUAACAAUACUUCUUCCAUGCAACAACAACAACAACAACAACAACAACAACAAGUACAAGUACAACCGCAGAAGGAAGAUCAUUCAUCGUUAUCAUUGAAAAGACAUGCAAGCAUCAAAGAUCUUGAUAAGAUUGAUGAACACUUUAAACUUGAAGAUGAUUCUGGUGUAGGACUGGAGCAAAAUGAUCUUGAAAAUGAAUUUCAAGUAUCAGCAACAAACCUACCUUUCGGGCAACUAAUUUUAGAUCUUAUAGAUCAUAGUGAAGAUCUUGAUACAGAACGUGAAGAUCAUAAUGCUGAUCAUGAUUCAGAAACUGAAGAUCAUCUAGGAGAAAGUUCUAGUUAAAUAAUUUUCGAGUUUAGAAUUAUGCUUCUCAAGAUUGUAAAGUACAACUCUUGGAAAAUUCCAAAAUACUCAGAAGUUUUUUCUCAAAUAGAAGAUGAAGCAGAGUAUGAAGUCUUUCUUCCAGAAAAGUCAAUUGACAUUUUAUCAUCUUGUAUUCCAAAGAAACCCCUUUUUGAUUGUGAUAUACAAAAUACUUAUAUAUCAGUGAUAAUGAAUAACUGAAACCAAAGAAAACUAAUCUUUAUAAUAUUUAUAAAGAUAUAAACCAGAGCUUUAUAUUUAAAUGUUUAUUUAAUAACUUUGUACUAAAGUUUUUGCUUUUGUGCACGAACGGCAUAAAAUUGAUUUAACAACGGAAAUUAUUCUUGAUUUCUUUCUUCUAUCUAAAAAAUCUAUCAAUGAUAUUUUUGCACAGCAAAUUGCCUUAUUUAUGUAAUUGUGCUAAAAAUCAAUCUUUCAUGCGCGCGUUAAAGACAUAUUUCAAUUUUUUUGUAAACUUAUAAACUUGAUAUACUAGUCAAUCUCUGGGUCUCGUGCAAUGUACAUA